AUGAGAUCGUUCAAUAAAACCUCUUGUCUACAAUAUCUGGGAAUAUUCCUGCUGGUGCCUUUAUCCAAAUCUGCAACGAAUGGAAGGGAUGGCAUCGCGGUGAAUCCUUUCUUCUACAACCACACUGACCUGGACUUUGUACAGUGUAAUCAUUCUUUUUAUAAGAUUCAACCGUACAACGGAAGAGCGGAGAUAGAAAGCAGCCAAGAAAGUAGGAAUGAGAAAACAGAUACCUUGUCACCUGCAGCUGCAAAUGUACCUUCAAACGCUUUACCACUUCCAUCUCCCAGUAAAACGAACAACAAGAAACAUUCAGAUGAAGAUGACGAAGACAAUCUAGAAAGGCUUUGUAAUGAUGCUUUUCACAGCUUUCUUUGCAAGCCAAUAAAAGGACCUAGGAAAACACCAAAUGGAAGGCUGAGACAGAAUGCUGUGUUACCUCCAGAUAUAUUGGCUGGAUUUUCAUCCAAUCAAGAUAUAGCAAGAGUGAGGCUCAACAACAAAGAACCGCCUCAGAGUGCAUUCAAUAACAUAGGAUAUUCCUUUGCUAAACCUACAACAACAACAGUUCCAUCAUCUCCACAACCUAAUCCAGCAAAUCAAUUUCCUCAACGUUUUACCUUUCCCUAA